CGCGGAAAACUAACUGUCAGUUUUCUUCGUCGAUUCUUCUUCCACCUAGCUGUCAAAACGGGCUUAAGCUGGCCCUACACGCUGCAUUCAUGUAUGCAGCUACAAAUGACAGCUACAAAUUUCCAUUGUUCUCGAUCGGUCAGCUCGUCGCUGCUCGUAACCCGAUGUAUGCGGGUUACGAGCGGCGACAAGUGACGUAUCUUCCACCUGCUAUGUUUACAUUACUGUUUCAAGUGUUGAAGGGAGGGAUGAUCAUCGAAUUCAAUUUUUAAAUUUGAGUGAAAUAAAAUUUAAAAUUACGUGCUUAUUUAAGCUACUGAUAAAAUAAAUACAAAUUAUUAAAAAUAUUUUUAUGUAAUGUUUUAUUUGAGGGCAAUAAUAAUAUUGAGAAUAAAAUGAGGCUUAACUAAACGUAUACGAAAACAAAAAUGUUGCAUACAUUAUGUGGGGAUGUGUUGGUAUUGUGUUUGGAGAUUCCUUGGAAGUUUUCAGGCGGACAUUUUCGAUUAGCAGUCAACCACGCCAGCACAUAACAAUGUAAGGAGCUAAAACCGCCCAAAAAUCGAAUAAAAAUGUAUGUUACACCUUUUCUCAUAGAAUGACACACUAAAUUAUUGGUUGUUUUAUUAUUUUAGCCUAUUCAAGAUGAGGAAAAAGUCAUUGAAUUGAUCAAUUUGGUGAAAACUUAUCCGUGCAUCUGGUUAGAUACUGAUCGCCAGUAUAAAAAUAAUGAAAUAAGGCAUCAAGCCUGGCAACAGAUAGCAUCCGUGCUGGAGAAGGAUCCACAGUACGUUCAUGCUAAAUGGAGGAAUUUAAUGAAUUCCUACCGGCGGACUAAAAAGGAGAUCGCUUUGAGUCAGACAACAGGUUCCGGUUCCAGCGAGCUAUUGAAGGAGGUUUGGUAUGCCUACGAGCAUAUGUCGUUUCUACAUGAAACGACAGCUCCACGUCGUACAAUCAAUACUGCAAAUCUUGAAGGAACUUCUCGGGAACCUGUUGUUAUCUCGACCGCUCCUGCAACCACCGCUUCAUGCAGUUCAACUGCUUCAACAACAGCCACGACAACUGCCACAACAUCCUCCACUGGCUCCUCUAGUGGCAUGCUAGAGGGUCGCACAGCGUCCAAAGGACGCAAAAGAAAGUUAAGUGAAACGACUCGAUCAAGUCAGAUUAGCGAAUGCUUGACAGCCAUUCAAAGCAUUGUUAAUACUGCUACUGCUGCUGCACCUUGCACAAAAGCCAGGGCUCUGGGCAACUUUGUAGAGUCACAAGUUGUCACCUUCGAAGACAUCCAGAGUUCUGUGCUAAACUGAUCAGGUCCAUAACGACGGUCAUGAAUGAUCAAAUUAAUCAAAUUUAUGCGGACAAACAUGCCUCCUUGUUUAUACAUAAGAGUUAGGAUCGGCGGAGGAGAUUGCAUGAAAGAGAGUUAAGCAAUAAUACAAGCAAUGCCAUAAUUAGAGUGCCAUAAUUUGGUGGCCAUCAACGCGUUGGUUGGUGUGCGUGAGAGGGCAACGGAUGAAAGGUGAUCGCCCGAACAGCGGGAACUUUUUCUUCCACGAACGGCAACGGCAGCGAUCGGACGCGCGCGCAAUCCGCCUAGUUUUAAGUUAUUCGUUAAAAUAUAUUUAUAUGAAGAAAAAUACCGCAACGUCCAGCCCUAGAUUGAUCAUAUGAUCCUGGUCACGGCACCACUCCUCGAUGCAUGAUCAUGCAUAUCUGUAGGUUUAAAAUUUAAGUGUUAAUAUAGUUUAAGUGUUUGUUGGAAUUUAAGAAUUUUAUAAAUAAGUGAAUUAUGUAUUGUUAUGUAUUAUGUAUUGUUAAGAUAGUUUAAGUGUUUUUGGA